AAUAACAAACCAGCAACAAGUUGGAGGCAUGCGAAAAGGAAUCCAAAUCAUACACGGAUACUAAACGAAUUCCGGAAUUCGUCGAGGACCUGGAACAAACAAGCCGGGUCCUAUAUAGCAACAAGAAGGAAGUGCAAACAAGAGAAAAAAAUAGUUGAGGAAGAAAAGGCAAAAAGAAGAAAAAAGAAAGAAAGAAGAACAGAGCGCGCAAAGGAAGCGAGGAAUCGCCGAAGGGGAGGGAGGGAAAGCGGCGGCGAAGCAAAUGGCGGAGACGCCGAGCAAGGCUGAAUCCAUGAGGAAGUGGGUCGUGGACCACAAGCUACGAGCCGUGGGUUGCCUGUGGCUUACUGGGAUCAGCAGCUCGAUUGCGUACAACUGGUCGAGGCCCAAUAUGAAGACUAGCGUCAAGAUCAUCCAUGCAAGGUUGCAUGCUCAAGCCCUAACUUUAGCUGCGUUAGUCGGAUCUGCAAUGGUGGAGUACUAUGACCAGAAGUAUGGCACAUCUGGACCGAAGGUGGACAAAUACACAAGCCAAUACCUGGCACAUUCGCAUAAAGAUUAAGUUCUUUAUAUUCACCGUUACAUGGCGGGUAUUUUAGGUUUCAUUUUGGGGUGAGCUCCCCAUGAUGAUUCUUUUGUCUCCUUAACUACAAACUGAAACUUGCCAGGAAAUUCCUGAGCAACGAGGGUGUAAUACAGAGUUGAUCUCCAUAUAUCAAUCUCAGAUUGCGAUAUGUAACCUCACUUUGCUGACAAUCUUGAUAUUAUUAUUUUCCAAUGAAGAAAAGGGAGAGUUCCUAUAUU